AUGCCGGUCCCCCGCAACCGCCUGGGGCUGCUGCUCCUCGGGGCAUUCCUCACCCUCGUUCUCUACCUCCUGCUCCCAGCCGCCCAGCACGAGCAGCGCUUGGUGGGCACCCGGCCUGACGGGGGGAAGCGGGGUCAGCCCGACGUCCUGUUCCUGCACGGCCAGGCAUUCACCUCCAAGACUUGGGAAGACUUGGGCACACUGGCCCUGCUUGCCGGAGAAGGCUACCGUGCGGUCGCAAUAGAUCUGCCUGGCUACGGGGAUUCGCCCCCAGUGGAGACAGUGGCCACAGCACAGGGCCGGGUGGCCUUCCUGGACCAUGUCCUCCAGGAGCUAAGCAUGCGGAGGCCCGUUCUCGUCAGCCCCUCCAUGAGCGGUCGCUUUGCCCUGCCCUUUCUCCUGGCACGGUGGGAGCAGCUGGCCGGCUUCGUGCCCAUUGCGCCUGUGGGUACCAAGGACUACGCUGCUGAGCAGUACCAGCAGGUCCAGACACCCACCCUGAUCCUCUACGGUGACCGUGAUGCAAGGCAACGGGUGGCCGUGGUGCCUGACGCUGGCCAUGCCUGCUACUUGGACAAGCCAGAGGACUUCCACCAGGCCCUGCUGGGCUUCCUGCGCCAGCUGAAGUGA